CAGGCUAAGAGGAUUACUGAAUCUCUCUUCAGUUAUUGUCUGCUUCAGUCUUUUGUUUUCACAGAAGAAGACAAGGCAUUUGUGGGUUGUCAAGAUUUAUUAAUCACCUGAUGAAAUUGUAGAUGAAGCUUAGUGAAUUCUCUGUGUUUCUGCUGCUGGUCUGCAUCUCUCUGCAGAGAGCUGACAGCCAUUUACCUAACUUCAGUCCUGGAACUCCCCCUCUGCAGGUAAAUGCUUCAAACAUCGCCUCAGCUGUCAAGGAAAACAUCUUCAGACGACUUCCUGGACUUUGUCGGCGUUUGAAGAGACGCAGAGUCACUGUCCUGUGUAACUUGGAGAAGUUCUGUUGGGGGCGGAGUCAGACAAGUCAUUCGGGUCAGCUGUGUCAGUGCCCGCGGGGUUCCAGGUGUUCACAUUUCUUUCUCCACAGCCUCUGAGUGAUAAUGCUUUUUAAUAAAUAUGAGAAAACUUUU